GUUGCGUUCGAGGCACCGAGACAAGUCAGGAGGAGAACAACCGCUCGGACCCACGCGCACACACACAGAGGACGACAGGCAGCGAUGGGAGCUGGCAGCCUGGAGUGAAGAAGACGAAGAGGAAGAAGAGGAGAGAGGUUGUUUUUUAAUCCGGGAGGAGGAAGAGGACACUUGGAGGAGGAAACUAACUGCGCACUUGUGGAGGUUUAAACCCGGGUGAGAUGUUUGGGUUUCUCCGCCGGGCUGGAGUGAAAUAGUGAAACAGAGGCUCGAGGUUGACUUUGAAACUUUUUUAUUUUUUAUUAACAUUUAAACAACCCGUGUGUUUGUUGGACCACACGCGGACGCGCCAUGGCUCCUCUCCACUGGCUCCUGUGCGCCGGGCUGCUGGGGACGAUGUGCGCCGCCUCGUACCUCGGACCGCUGCAGCCGGAGAUGUCCAACGGAACCUUCCAUCACUACUUCGUGCCGGACGGGGACUACGAGGACAACGACGACCCGGAGAAGUGCCAGAUGCUCUUCAAGAUGACCGACGAGCGCAAGUGCGGCGUCGACCAGGACCAGGACGCGAUGAUCCGCGACGACUUCACCAUCGUGAAGCGGCAGAUCGAGGACGCGGCGCGCGUGCUGGAGGGCAUCGGCAAGAGCAUCUCCUACGACCUGGACGGGGAGGACAGCUACGGGAAGUACCUGCGCAGGGAGACGGCGCAGAUCGGCGAGGCGUUCACGAACUCCGAGAAGUCCCUGCUGGAGCUGGAGGUGAAGUUCAAGCAGAGCCAGGAGAGCGAGCUGCGCGAGGAGCACCGGCUCAACGACGACUUCCUCAGCAUGAUGGUACACACGCGCGACGUGCUGAAGGACACGCUGGACGUCUCCCUGGGGCUGAGGGACAAGCACGAGCUGCUGUCCCUCAUCAUCCGCAGCCACGGGACGAGGCUGAGCAGACUGAAGAACGAUUACAUGAAGUUCUGAGAAAAGUCCACACAAUUUACUUUAUCGUAGGUUAUUUUAAAACUUCUUUCUCGAAUAGCUAAAUUGUGUUGGUUCGGAUUUGGCCCAGGCUGUCCCUGACCAUCCGUAGCCACCGGACGAGACUAAGUAGCCCAUAGAGGGAGAACAUGAAGUUCUGAAAAAAGUUCCUAGCAUAGUUUAUCGUAGUUUAUUUUACACAUCAGUUUUGGCCCACGCUGUUGCCGAUCAUCAGCAACCAUGGCAUGACACCGAUCAGACCGAAGAACGAGUACAUGAAGUUCUGAAGUCUCCUAGCAUACUUUAUCGUAGGUUCUUUCUCAAAUAGCUAAAUUGUGUUGGCCCGGAUUUGGCCCAUGUUGUCCCCAAUCAUCCGCAACCUAGGCAUUUGAAGGACAACUUGAAGUUCUGAUUAAAGUUUCCAAACAAACUUUAUCGUAGUUUAUAUUACACAUUAAUUCCCUUUGAGUAAAAUCGUUUUGGUCCAGAUGUGGCUAACACGUUCCCUCAUCAUCCUCAGCCACAGCACAAGACUGAGCAUCCCGUAGAACGAGAUCAUGAAGUUCUGAAAAAAGUUUCAUGACAUACUUUAUCGUAGUUUAUUUAAAAGGUCCUUUCCCGUAGGGGAAAUUAGUUUUGGCCCAGAUUCGGCCCACGCUGUCAUCUGGCCCACACAUGCGUGGAAUGAUGGUUCUUGGGCGGUCUGCUCCUGUUUGCCAGAUCUUGGCCACAAGUGAGCCAUCGCAUCAACCAAGGCUGACCCACAUUAGUUGUGUCCUAUUUGGGUCGUAUUCACCUCUCGUAGUCAGAACACAUGUUGCCUAGAUCCCUGGGUGUUAGCGAGACAAAGCCCAUAUUUGUUUUCGGUAGAGUUUGGCCACAAUUCGUUGUUUUACACGGUUGCACUUUAGGCUCACUUUCAUUUUGUUCAGGCUACAAGACGACCAGAAGUGCUGCAUUAUUGCCUAAAGUGGCCUAAAUCCUUUACAAAUGUAUUGAACGUUUUCUGGAAAGAAUUCUGCAGUUUUGUACCAGUUCCAGGAAAACAAGAGAGUUACAGUAGCUUUAUUUUAGUCUGUUCUAUUGUGCUGAGCCUAUCAUUGACUUCCAGAUGAAUUUCCAUGCAAAAGUAAUAUAAUGAUUUAUUAAAUGGCAAGGCUCUUUCCAGGAAAGUUCUAAGGAGAUCAUUUUGGAAAUAAACUGGGAUUUACGCCCGUAAAAAGAAACCUCACUCUAUUUCAUUUUUUUUCUAUUCUAAGUUUUAUGGUUGACUGAGACCGUAUGCUGGAGGCAAGGGUGAAAAUUCAUAUCAGGGAUUUAAAGUCAAAGCUUCAAAUGUCAGUUCACCUUAAAAGCAGGUCGACGGCCGGGGGUUGUUUGGACGUCCCGAGUGGGAAAUCCGACUUCAGGGGUCAUUCCAGUUAAAAUGUCCUUCUGGGAACUCUGAAAGAUUGACUUCCCAAUUCAAAUUGAACGCACCAUUAGUAACUCACCCUUUGCCAGCUGUUUAACAUAGGGGUGGAAAUACUAUACUUGGGGGUUGUGCGGCAGCAACUGACACACGAAACAUUGCGGGGAAGAAUAGAUUCCAGUAAAUGUCAGCAAAUUCUAAACGUGAAUGAGUCAUUGAGGAAAGUGAAAUACAUCAUGAAUAACUCGAUAUUAAAAUUGCUGCUGUGUGUGCAGCAGAUUUUGACGUUAUCUGCAAUGAAGGAAAAUUCUUUAAUCAAGACUUGAAAGACUCUAAUCUGGCUGCAAAAUGCUUUUCUGUGAUAUCUGCCAAAGAAAAGAGUUUGACUAACUUUUCACACAUCCCACAACAUGAGUUCAUGAAAUCUAACGAGUUCAUCAGGUUUUGAAGAAAGGCUGAUAUUUCACGUCUGUUUGGAGAAGGGGCUGUGUUCACUUUUUUCACCUCAAAAAUCAACAAACUAUGUAUUUACCCAGAUUUUUAGAGGGAUCCGCUUCCAGAGCUGGAUUAGCUGCCGGGCAGCCGGGUUCAAUCAACUUCCCACAACAGAUUUUUUUCCACCGUACGAGGAGUAUUGCUUUCUGGUCAUAUAAUGAAGCUCCAUGUAUAGUCUUCCUUAAAGCCUGAUUGGAACACAGGGGCCCCAGUGUAUACAUGCUGAGUGCAUGAGCUAAUUCUAGCCUAGGGCCCUCGGAGAGUUUAAAAUGUCUUUGCUGAGCCAGAACAAUGAAGGUGAAUCACAUUUUGUUUGUUGUGCCCUCAGCAUUAAAUAAUUACAUGGAAAAAUGAAUCCUCAGUCUCUUUCUAGAAACAAACUGCAAAAUAUUGAAUAAAGAAUAAUAAACAGCAUUUAGAGAAAACAAGCCCAGCUCAACCCUAAUGAUACAUUUCUGAAGUUUUUCUGGUGUUGUCAUAAUGAGAUCUGACAAGUUUAUAUGUUAUGUUAUAUUAUUAUAUUAUUUUUAUGAUGUGAGUGAGAAAUCUCAGAGGGAUAUCUCAGAAUCUAGUAAAUUCAAACGGUCAGAAAACAGUUUAUUGAGUGAACUGACCCUUUAAAAGAGUCUGAACAGUAUAUAACAUAAAAAAUGUCACUUUCUUUCAACAUCACAGUAAAAACAAAUAUAUCAUGUGACAGUGUAUCGAGCACUUUGUGACUUGUGGCCAGUGUCAGUAAUAAUAACACACCCUAACAAACCAUAAACACACACAGUGGUAGUUACAUCACCACACUAAAGAUGGCUGGGAACAAAUGAAAAUCACAUUUCCCCAGUAUGCAAAAGAAGAUGUCAUGUGUGUUAAAUGUCGUCCUUGUUUCAACUGGUAUAACAAUGGCCAUUUUUGUGCAUUGAAUUCAUCUGUAACAGGUUUGUGUGUCUGUGUGUGUGUGUGUGUGUGUGAGGUCAAAAAACAGGGUGAUGUUUGCAGAGAUUUAUUUGAUUCACCGGAGGACGACGUCAUGUUUUGGACACUUCGGACAGUUUAUGUGUCAGUGUCUAUAUUUCAUACUGAAUAAUAUGUGUUUAUGUUUUGAUUCUGACCUUUAAAUAAACUAUCUCUAGUUACAGCUCCUCAACAUGAGCAAAUAUUAAUCUCUGAUCCUCCACGUGAAUGUUUCAGAAGUGAUAAAAGACUGUGUACAAGUGGACACUUAUCUGUAUUUUAGUUAUUUUGCUAUGAAGGUGCUAAAAGGUUGAGACGGGAUUUAAAAUGCGAGGCCUUUACUUUACUGUGCUGUGCAGGCUGUGUAAUCUUCUCAAAUGUACAGUGUGUUAUUAGAAGUAAGUAAAUACUGUGAGUGCCAGUAUCGUUAUUACAGAACACCUUGAUAUGUAUUCAUUGUUUAUAUAAAGAUUUGAAAUAGAGCAGCGUAUAGUAUCUAUUCUUGUUGACCUAAGAUGUGUGUGAUGGGUGAGACUGCAGGCAGCACUCGUGCACGUCAGUGUUAAACAGUCGGAGCAGAUUGUGUCGUGUCUUCUCAAAUAAAGAGGUUUGUGUUUCAA